GGGAAUAGACCAGACUACCAGCGUGCUAAAGAAUGGGAGAAAAACAAUAAACCAAAAAUUUCUAUUUCAAAGUUCAAGAACGGUGAUAGAGUACUUCGCAAAAAACAAAAUAUAAAUUAUGCCGAAUUUACUAAGGCAAAAUCUGUCCAAUCCGAAAAUAACCAUGAAACAUUUGAUCAAACACACUUUGAAAUUAUUUAUAAUAGCUUGGAUCCCAAUAAAAUUUGGACCCUUAAGUCUUCAGGUCGUGUCGUUGAAGAAGUCAUCUACGACUAUGCACGAAAUUUAACUCAUGAAUCUUAUUUGCAUUCAUUCAUAAUAAAUGAUAUUGAUGCAGAAACAAAAUCGUUGUUUUUUGAAGAAGAAUGGCAGGAAAUUUUUAAUGUAGAAGUUAACGAUAAGCCCAAACUCAAAUCUUCCAUUAAAGAUUUGUUGAAAAAUUGCUCUGUUGAUGAUCCUAAAAAGUUGCGAAAAAUUCUUUAUGAGUCAUUUUUGUCAGAUGAUUUCGAUUUGGAAUUCAUUAAUUAUGCUUAUCAAGGAAUGAUGUUUUUAUGGAACAAAGAUGAAAACCCAUUCGAUCAUUCUAAAUUAGAGGGUUGGUACGAAGUAAAUGUGUGGGGGCGUUUGAUUGAUCCUGCCUUUGACAAUCUUUUAAAUAUUGACUUAGUUCGUGGAGAAGGAAUGAGUCUCGCGUCGAGUGACCGAAAGAAUUUUAAAAGAUCAUUAGAUACCCGGAAAAAAGUUGGUAGAAAAGGUGAUGGUGUCUUUAGAUUGCACAAGGAUCGCUUGGAGUUUGGCAUUAUUGAGGCUGGGCGUAAGUGGGAGGGUCAAGCUGGAUCAAAAUAUUUAUCAGAUUCAUUAAAGGCAUCGAAAAUGCUUAAAGAUAUGCUCUGUCAGCUUGUAUCUGAAUGCGAUAUGAAAGAAAGCCUUUCAAGAAAAUUACAAGCUGUCGGAAUUCUUCACGGAGCAAAUCGUAUCCAAAUCAUCACUGCUGAUCUACCUGAAGGAUAUAUAACACGUAUUAGACGCAGGAAAAUUCAAGAAGUUACGGGUCGUCUUACAGUGUCCAACCCACUCGCCCUUGUUUUGAAAGAAAUCUUAUACGCUAAAACUAUAAUCUCACAAACAGUGGAUGUAAUUAGUAAAAAAUACUUAGAUAUAGAAAAGGUGCUGGAUUCUGAUGACGAAUACGAUAUGUUACCAGUCAUUGAGUUAGUUGAGACAUUUGCAACUCCAAGGCCAAGUGAAACUUGCGUAUAG